AUGGCGGGGCCUCGGUAUAAGCCGUUUCAGUUUAUCUGGAACAGAUUCAGUUACAGCGCAUUCCAUAUACGAAGGGAGCGGCUCUACGAUCGGCUAUAUGCUGUUGUUGCAGCAGCAAUGAUUGGGUUUACUGUCUUCCAGGGGGCUAACAUAAUCUACAUCUGGCAAGAUGCUGUGCAUCACAACUAUAGACACUACCUUCUUAAAGAGGGUUUGUUCGCCGCAGAAGACUCGCAAGGAAUUGGCAGAGAUGAUUCGACUGGCGAGAGAAGAGGGGCGACUCCCUGCAAACCCUUCCAGCAGCAGCAGCAGCAGCAGCAGCAGCAGCAGCAGCAGCGAGUAGAGAAACCCCUUGACAGCUUGCCGUGUGACCGGAGCAACUCGCAGCAGCUGCAGCAGCAGCUGCAGCUGCAGCAACAGCUGCAGCAGCAACUGCAGCAGCAACUGCAGCAGCAACUGCUGCAGCAACAGCAGCAGCUGCUGCAGCACCAACUGCAGGAGUAA